GUCAGAGACUGCCGUGUCAGUAAGCCGCCGGGAAACAUGACUUGCCUUUAGAUCUCUUACUAAAUUAUUUUGCAAAUUCUUUUGUUUAAAGAUGUUGAGAUCGUCGCAGAUGUGGCUUGUUUGCUUUUUAGUGGCUGUACUUUAUUUUCCCAGCUCGUUUUGUGGUCAUGUGGUGCAGCUCACAAGUCAAAAUUUCGAUCAAACACUAGCCGAUAAUAAACUGGUUUUCAUAAAUUUUUACGCCGAUUGGUGUAGAUUUAGUCAAAUGUUAGCUCCAGUUUUUGAGCAAGCUUCUGAUCUUGUCCAUGAAGAAUUUCCGAGUGGGGUUGUGUUUGGUAGAGUGGAUUGUGAAUCAGAACAAGAGAUAGCACAACGAUUUCACAUCACUAAAUAUCCAACUUUAAAGAUGUGGAGAAAUGCACAGGUUACAAGGAGAGAAUACAGAGGUCAGAGAUCUGUGGAUGCUUUUUCAAAGUUUAUCAAGGAACAGAUGACAAGCAGAAUUAUAGAAUUUCAUGCUUUGAGUGAUCUCAAUGUUGAUACUUCAAAAAGAACUGUCAUCGCUUACCUAGAAAGCAAAGACAGUGACAACUUCAAGACCUAUGAAAAAGUGGCAGAAGAAUACAGAGAUGAUUGCAAUUUUCAUGUUGGAGUUGGGGAUGCUUCUCUCAAAGAAAGACAGACAGGAGAAAACAUUGUCUUCAGGCCUCAGCAUGUGGGUGCAUAUGGAAUAAAUGAUACAUGGAUGCUAAAAAGCUCAGCUAGUGGUUGUUUCAAAUCAGCCUGUUCAUUUUGGUUUGCUACCUCUGCAGGAAGCAUCAAUUUUCUUAUUGCUGAUGGGCUCAAAUUCUCUCAUCCACUGCAUCACUUGGGAAAAGGACCUGAGGACCUUCCUCUUGUUGCAAUUGACAGCUUUAAACACAUGUACCUGUUACCAAAGUUUGAUGACAUCAAGAAACCAGGAAGACUCAAGAAGUUUGUUAAGGAUUUGCACUCAGGAAAACUGCACAGAGAGUUCCAUCAUGGACCUGACCCAGCAGAACAGGGACAUGAGGAAGAAGAGGAGACUACUGAAACAGACAGCCCGGAAGAAGCAGGAACAGAGAAAGAAACAGAAACAGGCCAAGGUACUGAAACUCAGAAGACAGGAUCAGGGAAAACAAACAGUGGAUCUGGACGAAAAGAACAGACCUCGCCUCCAGAGACUGUAUUUAAGAAACUUGCCCCAAGUUACAACAGAUACACUUUACUUAGGGAUGAAUUGUAAUUGAUUUUGUUUUUAAUGCCCAGCUGUAAAUUUCUAAGCAGUAUUUUUCAAAAUAUAACUAGAGACAAGGAGAAAAGAAGGGAUUUUGAUAACUGGCGAUGACAAGGAGGGAGGAGAGGAGGCCAGGCAGUUGUGACUCAGUGAGGGAGGGGUGGGGAAUUCCUACUUAAUAACCAGGUUGUUAAAGGUAUAUGCGUUAUGUUGACAUAGAUAUAUAGUGCUACAGUCAUAAUUUAUAUUUCACCACAAUGUUCAAAAUCCCAGAUUUCCAAAUUGGUAAUAGGUGAUCAAAUGGAAGGUAACAUUUUGACGUAAAUUUUGUUUGCCAGUAGCUUUUCUGUGGAAAAACUCGCAUACAUGAAGGGAAUACUUCUGUAACAGGCUAGAACAUCUAACAAAAUAGUUGUGAAAUCUAUUGUGAAAUCUAUUCUUUUCCCAAGUUCUCUAUUCUUCUCUUCCUUGGAAACAGACCAAGACCAGGCGAUUGGGUGGAAGAAAAACGUGUUUUUUUUUAUGUUCUGGUUGGUUGAAAUAAAUUUACAUGUCAACGUCUGUGGUAUCUUCUGUUUAGAAAAGAUAGUGUGCGAUAGAAGAUUAAGGUGCAGGUGAAUAUGGGACUCGUAAGACUAAAGGGGUUUUCUCUCGUAUUUGGAUCAAUGACGGUCAAAGUGUCUGAAUAAUUGGGAACCUACCUCUCCCCUGACCCAAAAACAAAGUCAGGGUUAAUGUUGGUUUAGGGGAGGGGUAGGUUAGGUACGCUUACUCAAAUACUGACAUUGAUCCUAUUGUGUUAGCCGUCGUCAGGAAUUUGAGAAUCUUUUCUCGUUUACAUAUCUCGUAUUGUAGCAUGUGACUGUGGUCUUAGAUGCAUUGUUGUUUCGAGUACGACAACCUGGUAUUUUAUUUAUGACCAAAAAGAUGGCAUACAUUUUUUAGCUUAGUUCAAGAAUCGAAGGGAAGAAAUUUUAUUGUUGAAGAGAAUGUGGAAUUUCUAAACAUCCAGUACAGUCGAACCUCGAUUAUCCGGACUCGUCGGGACCUCGGUAAAUAGUCCGGAUAAUCGAAAAUAUGAAUAUUAAUGAUUCGUUUUAAAUUAAUCCUUCGCUUGUCUCGAUGCUGUCAGUAAAUUUUAGGAUCUUGUUUUUGUUCUUACGUCUGUCUGAGAUGUGCUGCUUGCUGAUGCCAAAUUCUUGAGCUAAAUUUGUCCCUUUCUCUCCUUAUCCAAACGUGAAUUAAUUAUCUAUUUAUCUUUAAUCGAUAGAACGGCUCGCUUUCGCUUCGUAGACAUGUUUUUGAUUUGAGUUUACGAUCGGUCGUUCGAGUGUUUACAUAACCCUCGCGGAAGGAACUAAUGAAGCAUGAAAUUCACUUUGCAACAAAACAAGUGAGCCAAUCAGAUAUCAGCUGAACGCAUCAGAAUAUCUCUUUGUCUCGUCGCACUUUCAAAUUCUGAAAAGCGCACAGGAUAAUACGCUGUUUCAACAAUCUUUUGAAAGGAUUAUUGGGCUUUUUGCGACUUUGAGUUUUCAAGAUCACAACUAAUUAAUAUUCUUGAAAAAAUUGGGACCAGAGAAAAAAGUCCGGAUAAUCGAGUAGUCCGGAUAAUCGAGGUCCGGAUAAUCGAGGUUCGACUGUAUCAAUAUUUCAGAUGGUAAGUUGUAAAACUAUCGAUUCAUGAUUUUAUGUAAUACUCAGAGAACUGUGUGUUUCUUUUAUGUUUGGAAUUAAACUCUCCUUACUUACACAAUGUAACAUUGAUAAAUAUAUCUCAGGUUUAAAUCACA